AUCCCACUGGUCCUUGCCCAUGGAUUCUCGAGGCCGCCUCCCUGGCACGGGAAAGAUGCGCCACGGGGCAUCUCCCGGCUCAGCUGGCGAAGCUCGCCAACCAAAGAGAAGUCCAAGGCUGCCGAGAAUUGCCAGCAGAAUCGAUGGAACCGUCCCCCGCACGCUGCAGCCUAGCCCCGAUUGGCUUACCAGCUACAUGCCGAGCACUGAACAUUGCGUCGUACACUUGCGAAGCUCAAGCACAGUGAAGACAAGAAUGGGAUAAGAUGGAAGAAUGGACGAAGG